ACUAGAGUUUUUGGCGCUAAAAUGGGCUGUCACCUCCAAAUUUAGCGACUACCUCUAUGGUGUAGAAUUCACUGUCGUAACAGAUAGCAACCCCUUGACAUAUAUCCUAACAUCGGCCAAACUUGAUGCCACCAGUUACCGCUGGUUGUCCAGCUUGUCAACUUUCAACUUUAAGCUGCAGUACAGAGCAGGUAGCCAAAAUCAAGAUGCUGAUGGCCUAUCCAGACGGCCGCAUGGUGAGCCUCUUGACGACCUGGUAUCACAAAAGGAGAGAGAAAGAAUUAAACAGUUCACUUUAAACCAUCUCAUGGGGUCAGGAGUUGAGUCAUCUGUUCUCAUGGCAGACACGAUAAAAGCGAUCUGUGAAAGGCAUCAAGUGAUUGGGUCAUCUGAAAAUCCCAGUUCCUCUAACUCCUCACUUACCUUGGUUGAAUCCCUUACUCAGCAUGUGGACGCUCUGCCAAAUGAGUUCCAACAUGAGGAUGAACAUGGUCUUCCAGAUCUUCCACAUCUUUCAGAAACUUCCUUGGCAGAGCUGCAGAGAAAAGAUACAGAAAUGAGAAUUGUUAUUAAAGGAUUGGAGAGUGGAGUGAAACCCUGUAACCUGAGAGACCAACCACCUACCAUGGGUUUGUGGUUAAAAGAGUGGAACCGACUCGAGCUGAGGAGUGGAGUUCUGUAUAGGAGGCGGCAAGAUUGUGGAGCCUCUCGCUAUCAGUUGGCACUGCCCACCACAUUGAGAGACAUGGUGCUACGGAGCCUCCAUGAUGACAUGGGUCAUCUAGGUAUUGACAGGACCCUGGACCUCAUCAGGUCAAGGUUCUUCUGGCCAAAAAUGUCACAGGCAGUGGAAGAAAGGGUCAAAACUUGUGAGCGCUGUGUCCGUAGAAAAACACCCCCAGAGAGAGCAGCUCCUUUGGUAAACAUCCAAACUAGCAGGCCCUUAGAGUUGGUGUGCAUAGAUUUUCUGUCCCUGGAGCCAGAUCAAAGCAACAUCAAAAACAUACUGGUUAUCACGGACCACUUCACGAAGUAUGCCGUUGCAAUACCAACUCGAAAUCAAACUGCCCAAAUCGUUGCUAAGAGCCUGUGGGACCAUUUCUUGGUGCACUAUGGGUUUCCGGAGAAACUACAUAGUGACCAAGGGGCAGACUUUGAGUCGCACACAAUUAAGGAGUUGUGUAAGGUCGCAGGCAUUCACAAGGUGAGGACUACCCCAUACCACCCGAGGGGCAAUCCAGUGGAACGAUUUAAUCGUACACUCCUCCAGAUGCUGGGGACACUGGAAAACGAAAAGAAGUCUCGUUGGAAGGAGUUCGUAAAGCCCUUAGUGCAUGCCUAUAACUGCACCCGCAAUGACACCACGGGGUACACUCCUUAUGAACUCAUGUUUGGGCGACAACCCCGCCUACCUGUUGAUCUGGCUUUUGGAUUGCCAGCAGACACUCCCAUCAAGUCCCACUCUCAAUACGUACGAGAUCUUAAGAAUCGGUUGCGCGAGAGUUACAAGGUGGCUACUAAAAAUGCUGGGAAGGUAGCUGAGCGAAAUAAAAGAAGAUUUGAUAAGCGUGUGGUUGCUUCAACAUUGGAGGAGGGUGACAGAGUUCUUGUAAGGAACGUGCGAUUGAGAGGAAAGCAUAAGCUGGCUGAUAAAUGGGAACAAGAUGUUCAUGUGGUUGUCAGAAAGGUUCGUGAUCUGCCAGUAUAUACUGUCCAAACAGAGAGAAAAGGGGGUCCUCCCCGGACGUUGCACCGAGAUUUAUUGCUGCCUUGUGGGUUUUUGCGGCCAAGCAACUCUGAGGAACAACCAAAGCAGAAAGAAGUUCGAAGACCUCGAACCAGGGCUUCUCCUGAUGAUGAAGGGACAAAGGAGUCAGAGUUUGUUUCUGAAUGCUCAGAGUCAGAAGAUGAGCAAAUUCUCUGUUAUGUACCUGGAAGAACAUUGAGCUCUGAAACUCAAAUUAUUACAGGCCUUGAGCAACCUCGUGUUCAAGAAGUUGCAUCCGACUUGCCUGUCCUUGAUCCUAUUAGGGAGAACUUACCUGCUCAGGAACCUGUGGAGAGUAACACUGAGGAACCUGUGGAGGGAGUAUCGGAUGAGCCUGAAUCAAGUUGUUCUGAGCCAGAUGUCUCAGUGGAACAAAGACCAGAACCAGAGGAUUGCUCUAAGUUCCUUGAUGAAUACUCUACCCAAAUGGACGAGACAGUGCCAAUCCAUUCUGAGUUCGAGAGUAAAGAAGGAAAUCUGAUCUCAAUUGAAAGGAGUUGUGUUGAAGACACACAAAAGGAAGAAAGGAAAACUGAGCCUAAAGACAAUGUUGCCCCUAGACGUUCGCAGAGAGAGAGACACCCCCCUAAAAAGUUUGAAUAUCCCCAGUUAGGGAAUCCACUUACCUUAGUGAUUCAGUCCUUGUUGCAGGGUUUAAACGAAGCUUUUAGUUCUUCUUUAGAAGAGUCAGUUGUUGCCCCUGUAAUUCACGUGUAGAUGCAACGGGACGUGCAUAUAUUCCAGAGGGGAGGGUGUAACCAAGGUUACUAUUACUCAUAUCGAACCUAUGAAACAAAAAGAAAAGAACGAUUUUCAUAUAAAUAUUUAAUUACUUUAUUUUAAUGUUUAAGAAAUUAAAUAUUGCUCAAUAAAUAACAAUAAAUGUAACAGACUAGAAAAAUAAAUAAGUUGAACCAUUCGGGUUAGCUCCGCCCUGAGUGGGUUGCGUCAUCAUUUCUAGCGCGGGUUAGAGAAGUGAGUCUCGUCACGGAGAAAAAGUGAAAUGGCUGCUGAAGCGGUGAUGCAGAUUCAUUUGCAGUUGUGAAAUUAAAGAUUAAACGAGAAGUUGAGCUGAUUCAUCCGACGAAAACGGCGUUCGAAAAGAUUUUCUUAAUUCAUCUGGGAUUAUUUCUAAUCAUUAGCACUUGAUUCUUGGUUGGGUUUUUUUUUCCUUCUCUAUAUUUUCUGUGUUUCCGGUCCUUGAUAUCUCUCUUUGAAAGUGAACGAGGAGUUCUGAGUUAGAACUGUUUCUGCCAUCAACGAGGAGUGCUCAACAUUGGUGGAAACUGGCGAGCCAACCUGGUUUUUCCUGAACUUGGACAAUUUCAUGUUUCAUCAAAGUGGUAGGACCACACGUAUCAUUUUUUCCUUCCCUGGACGUUAUUGCAACUGUGAACAAGAAGGUUUUUUUUUUCUUCCUCUCACUUGUUUCAUCUCAGAGUUGCCUAUCUGCAAUUCUUUAACUGAACAUUGAAACAGGACGGAUACUGAACUGAGCUAAUGUCCUAUUUAAUUGUUUGAGUCAUUUCUGAUUCUGAUUUGGUGUGUCAUUCAUUGGACGUUUAUCUGAAAUUAUCUCUAUUGCUGUUUUGUUUUUAUUUUUUUAUUUUUCCAUCUCUUAUUGAAAUUUUCUAAAAAAAAAAAGAGUGAAUACAAAGGGUAUUGAGUUGAACAAUUUAACAUUUUGGUAUUGAACAUACACUUUGUUUACCAUUUAUGUGAAAAUAAGAAGCAGGGUUGUUUGAAAGUGGAUAGCUAUCCAGCUAAGGCAUUAGAGCAGCUAAAUUGAGUGAACUAGAAUUAAUUAACUAAAUAUCUAAUUAUAGAAAUAAAUAACGCACAAGGAGUCAUAAUUUGAGUAAAACAUCUUUAAUUCCAAGGGAUUUAUUUCAAGAGGUUUCUUUUGUGAAUUUGUUAUUGAAGCUGUCAUUUUGUUUGUUUUUUUU